CGGCCAACCAAACUGUCUUCUUCAAUGGCUAGUCUCGGGGUUUCCUCUGCUGCGAUUCCCAGGUCUAUCAAAUUUAGCAUUGAUUCUCAUCCUUCCUUCUCUGCUUCUCUCCCAAACCCUCUUUUCUCUUCCUCUUCCCCAAAAUUCCUUAUCCCUCUCACCAUAAUACCCUUCGUGGAUUCUUCGAAAUGGAGCAACAGGGUUUCUUUUUUCCCUGGGUUUCUUAGUAGAACCAAAGAUGUUCAGAGCCUCAAGGAGGAGCUUUAUCAGACAAUUGCACCGCUUGACCGAGGCGCCGAAGCUACCCCGGAGGAUCAAGAACGUGUGGACCUGAUUGCUCGUAAACUUGAGGCCUUGAACUCUGUAAAGAAGCCUCUCAAGUCCGAUUUGCUGAAUGGGAAAUGGGAGCUUCUGUACACAACAUCUCAGUCUAUUUUGCAAACGCAGAGACCAAAGUUCUUGCGACCAAAUGGAAAGAUCUAUCAGGCCAUUAAUCUGGAUACUUUGAGAGCUCAAAAUUUGGAAACUUGGCCAUUCUACAACCAGAAAUUUAGUAUGAUUUGGAAUUUGGAGCCUACAGAUUUCUUACCAUUACUGCAGGCUACUGCCAAUUUAGUGCCUCUAAACUCGAAAAGGGUGGCUGUGAAGUUUGACUCCUUCAAAAUUGCUAGUCUGAUACCUAUUAAAUCUCGUGGGAGUGGUCGUGGUCAGAUAGAAAUUACCUAUUUGGAUGAAGACUUAAGGAUAACAAGAGGUAAUAGAGGGAACUUGUUCAUUCUGAAAAUGGUGGAUCCAUCCUACAGAGUCCCUCUUUGAUGUAUUGACUCUAGCAGUUGGUAGCACAGUUGUUUUAUUUUCAUAUUUGUGGGUAUGUACGCACAUGUGUUUGGUUAAAUUUUGUUCAUAUGUAUUUAAAAAAUAAAAUGUUCAUGUGCAACCCCCCCCCCCAAAAAAAAAGGAAAAAUGGGGGCGAAAAAAAUUUGUUCUUAUGUUUCCCUCUUUACACCAUGAACAAUACUCCCUUAUGAGUUGGAUGGAAGUAUUUAAGAUAAGUAAACCCAAAUUAGUAAUUGAAAAUUA